GCUGUGUACACCCAACCAAUUGAUUCCAAAAGCCAAAGGCCACUAGGCCCCACUUAGACUACUACAUCCACCCCUUGGGUCCCACCAACCUCUCAUCCAACCACAAGAUUUUCACUCUCCUUUUCCCGAACCACUAAUUCCCCGACACGUGUCACCUCUGGAUUCUCUGCCCUUUACUGUGCCCAUAAGUUCACAUUCCACAUUUCCACCAUAAUCCGCCAUAGCUUCAAAAGCUUAGUUAGUUCCAAAACAAAAGAGGAGAAAAACUUGUACGGUGUAUGUGUUAAAACUCUGAAAUAAUGUUGGCCGAGGAGAAAGGCUAUGGGAGUUUAGAUUUGGAAGUAAACAAGUGGGCCCGCGUAUGCGACGUCUGCCGCUCGGUGACCUGCACCGUCUACUGCCGGACCGACGCGGCGUACCUCUGCGGCGGCUGCGACGCCCACAUACACCGGACGGCCACCGCCCACGAGCGCGUCUGGGUGUGCGAGGCCUGCGAGCGCGCGCCCGCCGCGUUCCUCUGCAAGGCGGACGCCGCCUCGCUCUGCGCCACCUGCGACGCCGACGUCCACUCCGCCAACCCCUUGGCGCGCCGCCACCACCGCGUCCCGAUUCUACCCAUCCCCAGCACCCUCUACGGCCCUCCGGCCACCGGCGCUGUAGGCUCCGUCAUGAUCAGACCCACCGCCGGGGACACCCCGGAAGACGACGACGACGAAUUCUUGACUCACGACGCCGGCGAAACCACCAUCGAUGAAGACGACGAAGACGAAGCAGCUUCUUGGCUGCUGCUUAACCCCACACCUGCCAAGAACAACGACAACAACAACAACAUAAAAGAAGAAAGUGAGAACGCCUGCAUAGAUCUUCUGGAGUAUAGUUCUUGCCAAGAAAACCAGUUCAACGAUCAUCACUAUAACUUAAACCAGCCGCACCAUUACUCUAUCCCGGAGAAGAAUAUGAGCUAUGGAGGAGGGGAUAGCGUCGUCCCCAACAAAACCCACCUCCAGUAUUACACCCACACCCAAACCCACCAUGGAAGCUUUCAGCUUCAGGGAAUGGAAUAUGAAACCUCCACCCCCGGAUAUGGCUACCCAGCAUUCAUCAGUCACAGCGUUUCUGUUUCCUCGAUGGAUGUUGGAGUUGUUCCAGAGUCAACUACAAGCGAUGUUUCGAUCUCCCAUUCAAGGCCGCCAAAGGGCACCAUUGAUCUCUUCUCUGGUCCUCCAGUUCCGAUGGCGUCGCAGCUGGGUCCGAUGGACAGGGAGGCCAGAGUUUUGAGGUACAGGGAGAAGAAGAAGACGCGGAAGUUCGAGAAGACAAUCAGGUACGCAUCUAGAAAGGCGUACGCGGAAACCAGGCCGAGGAUUAGAGGGCGGUUCGCGAAGAGAACAGACGCGGAGGGGGAAGUUGACCAGAUGUUCUUCGCCCCAUCAAUGGCGGAAAGUGGAUAUGGCAUUGUUCCAUUGUUGUGAAUCCAGGAGGAGAAGAUUAAAGCUAUUACUUUUUUUGUUGUAUUAGAGUUAUUACUUUUACAGUUUUACUGUCUUUUCAUCAUUGAUCUAGCUAUGGAGUGUAUAUGAAUAAUGAGAUGCAAUUGGGAGUUAUUCAAUUUUCUAUAUAUGUUUUGUUGUAAAUACCUGCAGAUACAUGUAUUCAUUAUACUCUGAGUAAAUCAAGUUAUUGGUGACAGGUUUUC